AUGUCUAAAGUUGACUCCUCCGACUCUGGCGCCUCGUCCGACCUGGACAUUGCCGCCGCCAAGAAGGCGCUGGCUUCGUCCUCGACCGCGAUCCGAAUAGCUCAACUGCGCACAAUCGAAGAGAAGCUUACCCAGAAAUGUGCGCAAGCCCGGUCCUGUCGUGUGACGAGCUCCGAUCAGCCAACUAACCCUUCUUCUGUAGCCCUCGACCCCUCCUCGAUUCCCCGUCUUCUCCAGCUAUUUUUUGGAACAUACGCCUUCUAUGCCGAUAGAGAGUCUCGUCUUUCUGUUCAAAGAUGCCUUGUUGCCCUGGUUUCGGCCGGUGUUGACCCCAAGACAAUCUCCCCACUCAUCGCCGCCAUCCGCAAGGAAAGCCAGAAGCAUGGCAUUGCUCCUACAAGCGCGUUCGUCUUGGUAGAAUGGUGCAGUCUGUUCAUGCAGCAUCUCGAUGCCUCACUGUGGGACCAAUUCGCCACAGAUAUCCUCCUGACCGACGCCGAUGCCUUGGACAGGUGUCACCAGCUAGUUUCCAGGAAAUCCGUUGUUCACUCUGCGGUCAUUGUCACAAGAAGAGGCUUGAGGAAGCUUUUGUCUAACCCUGAUUCCAGUGAGAAACGGCUAUCUGAUGCUGUCAACGUUCUUGCUACGAAGGGAGCUCAGUCUACCCCAAGGAAUGCCAUCUUGCUGGGUAUUAUUGCUGGGGUCUCUGCUCGGAAGGAGCACCUUCGCCCUGUUCUCGAUUCUCUCAAGCCAAAGUAUUAUGAGUUCUUCUCCAGAGAGCUCAUUGGCUCUCGGACUGCCGUCUCGGAGCACUUGAUUCUAGGGUUUGCCGACUUCUUCACUUCUUUUGCAACACUCGACGAGGUUUCAAAAGAACUUAUCCCGGCCCUCGAAAAAGGCCUUCUGCGAGCUCCCGAAGUUAUCCUUGGCGGGGUUCUUACACCGCUCGUUCGCAGUCUCCCCGAGAGCUUUGACCUCUCCAAGGUGCUUGAGCAAAAACUGCUGAAGCCCAUCUUAUCGAACGUCAAGUCAACCAAUGCAGCGAUUCGCGCUGGUGCUUUGGAUGCUUUCCGGGCCCUCGUGAAUAGGUGCAAUGAUGACGCAUCCUUAGAGAAGAUCACCAACGAGAUUGCGACCCCCCUGAAGUCGGGGAAGCUCGCAUCCCCAGAUCAACGCAUACUGCAUGCGCAAAUGCUUGAGUUUGUCCCGCUCUCAAAGUCAAGCGCUGAUAAAAUUGUCAAUGCUGUGUCCGUUGUUGCUGGCAAAGAAGGAAAUGAGGGUGCAUUGGCGGCAGAGACCUUGGCUCUGGCAAGGGCCGUGGCUUUUAUUCUCGAUAACGAGGGCGAGAUACCCAAGGCUGUUCUGGACCCCAUUGCCAAAGGCCUGGCGGAUAAGAAGGCUCCUUCUCGAAAGUGCUGGCUUCUCCGUGUGGGUUAUAUCCUGCAGACCCUUGCCGAGGCUCAAUCCGCAUCUCCUGGAAUGUCCGCCUUCGUUGAGGCUGUGAUACCAAAGAUAAUCACAACCUUCAACGAGGUCACUGCAAAUGCAGCUACUGCUGCGCAGAAUGGCCUCAUUGUCGGUGCUUACAUUCUAACAGCCGUAACUCCUCAUGUCCGGCGCUUGUUCCCCGAUUCGCCUGCCGACUCGGCUUUGGUUAAAGCUUCCGUGGUUAAGCAUUCUCUCUCCCUGGACCCGAAGCCUUCAUUCUUGCUCAAUCACCGAAUCUACUCUAAAGUCACGGCCGAAGAGGACCUUAGAUGGCUUGCGCGUGCUUUGACCUCGGCCUUUGAGAGCCUCGAACAGGAUGCAGACAACCAAGUCGCACUUGCAUGGUCCGAGGCCAUCAUUCAUCAAAUCGCCGCCCACAAUGUUCCUCCAUCGAUCCAACAAGAGACCUCCAAGGCCCUUUCCGGCCUCUACAUUCGAAACCCGAAGCGGGUCUCGACACUUAUCAUCAAUGGACUUUGGGAUCAUCUGGAGCAUUCUGGGUCUCGUGACAGGGAUCAUUCGAUCGAUCCUCACAACUUGGUCCAUGUUGUGAAGGCCAUCUGCUUGACCCCGAAGGACUUGGAAAAGUCUGGUCAAAGCAUUGCCAAAGAAGACCUUGAGUCUCAGGCAAACAGUCUUCUGGUGCUAGCACGCUCAGAGUUGAUUCCAAGAGCGAACUGGAUUGACCUGUGUCUCCGCAUGGAACUGGACCCUGGAGAACUUGUUCAGAAGUACCAGAGUGAGCUCUUGGAGGAGAUUGACAACAAGACCUCUUUUGACCAAAAGUCGGACGUUGUCAAGAAAGCUGCAUACAACGCGGCAGCCGACCUGGCCUUCGUUGCACCUGACACAAUCAUUCCACGUCUGUUGGAGGUCAUUAGUCGAGAUCUUGCUGUCGAACAGCUCCAUGAUGUCGGCCCUGUCGAAGCGGCUAUCUUCAGAACACCCGAGGGCACCUGCUUUGUCGACGUGCUUGCCAAGAAGGCCCAGCAAGUUGUGAACAAGAACAACAAAGACUACGAUAUCCUCAAAUGGGAAGAAGAACUCCGAAGCCAACUUGAGAAGAAGAAGGGUCAGCAGAAGAAGCUCACUGCUGAUGAAACUGCCAAGGUCAAUGCACAGCUCAAGAAGGAGAGCCAAAUCCGACAAUCGCUCCGCGAAGUUGAGGCACGGCUUUUGCGUGGUAUCGGCAUCAUCAAGAGCCUGGCAACCGGCCCUCCGACGGAUGCGACCCAAUGGCUCGGUACUGCGGUUUCACUGCUCAUUGGUGUCAUGGAUGCAGGUGCCAACAUGAUCACUGGUGAUGUAGCCCCCCUGGCAUACAUCACUUGCUCCGAGAAGGUCUCCGAGCGACUUGGCUCAAUGAGACCCUUUAUCGGAGUGGCAGCCUUGAGACUUCGAGAUGUGUCACUGGAAGAAAACUACCAGGAAGAACCUCUCGAGGACUUGAUUACAAGAGUGCUGUAUCGUUUGCGAUUUGCCGGUGAGCAACGACCAUUCGACUCCGUGUCACUCAUCUAUGCCUUGCCGCUGGUCUUGGAUGUCCUUCGCAAAGGAGGAGUUGGCAGCACAGCCGAUGAUGCAGAUGCCCAGCUUGUUUUGGCUAUUGAAUUCCUGUCAUUCCACACAGACAUUUGUGUCGAUGAAGCCGUCCCCCGAGCUGAGGUCCUGUCAGUCCUCAUCAGCUCCAUGCAGGCAUACACGCAACAUUACAAGCUCAUCAAGGACUGCUUUGCUGACAUGUGUCGAUGCAUCGCACCGAACAUGAACCGCGAGGAGAUGAUCGUCUUAGCUAAGGGCGCAUUGGUGCCCGAAACUCGUGUCCGAUCGACCGUCUUACAAUCCAUCAGUGCCGAAGUUGAUAUGAGCGAGCUUGGGUACUCUGACGAGAUUUGGCUUGCCUGCCACGACGAUGAGGACGAAAACCAAGAUUUGGGCCGUGAGAUCUGGGAAGAGAGUGGUUUCGAGGUCACAGCUGAGGUCCCACUAAAGAUGUUGCCCUUCGUUGAAAGCAAGGAUGCUCAGCUACGUCGUGCCGCUGCCCGAGCCACGUCUGAAGCCGCGGGCCUGCACAACGAGUCCCUGGAGGCUGUGAUCUCACAAUUGGAAUCCACCUACAAGGAACUUGCAAAGCCUCGAGUUCAACAACUCGACGAGUUCGGAAUGCCCAAAAAGAUGGACUUGUCUGACCCUUGGGAGGGCAGACAUGGUAUCGCGACUGCAUUCAAGGAGCUUGCUCCAGUCAUCAAGACUGAUCAGUUGGAUGCCUUCUUUGAUUUCCUGAUUGACAAUGGCCCCCUGGGAGACAAGCACAGCUCAGUUCGAAGUGAGAUGCUGGAUGCCUCGAUCCGUGCCAUCGAAAUCCACGGCAAAGGAAUUCUCGAUCAUCUCAUGGCCAAGUUUGAGCAAACCCUAGAGCAGCCAGACAAGAACAGCGAGGCCGCCGAUCGCGUCAACGAGGCCGUCAUCAUCAUGUACGGUGCGUUGGCUCGCCACCUGACUCCUGGCGACCCCAAGAUCCCAACUGUCAUUGACCGGCUCGUGGCAACUUUGAGUACGCCCUCCGAGACCGUGCAAUAUGCUAUCGCCGAAUGUCUACCUCCUCUCAUCCGGGCCUGCCCCGACCAGUCAUCGAAGUACUUUGGGCAAAUCAUGGAGCAACUACUCAGCUCCAAGAAGUACGCCGUUCAGCGUGGUUCUGCGUAUGGUUUGGCUGGCCUUGUCAUGGGCAGAGGAAUCUCAUCCCUCCGUGAAUAUCGCAUUCUUUCGACCCUCACUGAUGCGAUGGAGAACAAGAAGGAGGCAAACCAGCGCGAAGCUGCACUGCUGGCAUAUGAGCUUCUAUCAACACUACUUGGGCGUCUAUUUGAGCCAUACGUCAUCCAGAUUGUGCCCCAGCUGCUGACAGGCUUUGGUGACAGCAAUGCCAAUGUCAGAGAUGCUUGUUUGGCAGCAGCAAAGGCAUGCUUCGGAAAGUUGAGUUCUUACGGUGUCAAGCAGAUCAUGCCGACUCUCUUGGAAGGACUUGAGGAACAGCAGUGGAGGAGUAAGAAGGGCGCCUGUGAUCUACUUGGUGCCAUGGCGUACCUUGAUCCUCAGCAGCUCGCCAACAGUCUGCCCGAUAUUAUCCCUCCUCUUACUGGUGUACUGAACGACAGUCACAAGGAGGUCAGGGCCGCAGCAAACCGAAGCUUGAAGAGAUUUGGUGAAGUCAUCAACAACCCUGAAAUCAAGAGCUUGGUCGACAUCAUCCUCAAGGCCCUCAGCGACCCUACCAAGUACACUGACGAGGCUCUCGAUUCCCUCAUCAAGGUCCAGUUCGUCCACUACCUUGAUGCACCAUCUCUUGCACUGGUCACUCGUAUCCUGCAGCGUGGUCUGGGCGACCGUUCCAACACCAAGCGCAAGGCAGCUCAGGUUAUUGGCAGUCUGGCUCAUUUGACCGAGAAGAAGGACGUCGUUAUGCACCUACCUGUGCUGGUGGCUGGCCUCAAGGUUGCUGUUGUCGACCCGGUUCCCACCACCCGAGCUACAGCGUCCAGAGCACUCGGUUCGUUGGUUGAGAAGCUUGGCGAGGAUACCCUACCCGAUCUUAUCCCCGGCCUGAUGCAAACUCUCAAGUCCGACACUGGCGCCGGCGACCGACUGGGAUCUGCCCAAGCUCUCAGCGAGGUCCUCGCUGGAUUGGGAACAUCAAGGUUGGAGGAGACUCUACCAACUAUCCUUCAAAAUGUCGAGUCCUCGAAGCCCGCCGUUCGCGAAGGUUUCAUGUCACUCUUCAUCUUCCUUCCCGUCUGCUUUGGCAACAGUUUCUCGUCCUACCUCGGCCGUAUUGUCCCGCCUAUUCUCGCGGGUCUUGCUGACGACGUUGAGUCCAUCCGCGAGACUGCUCUCCGCGCUGGUCGCCUGCUGGUGAAGAACUUUGCGGUGCGUGCCGUCGAUCUCCUGCUCCCAGAGCUCGAGCGAGGUCUUGCAGAUGACAGCUACAGAAUCCGACUGAGCUCGGUUGAGCUUGUGGGUGAUCUUCUGUUCAACCUCACAGGCAUCAAGGCUGGCACAGAGGCUGAUGAUGAAAUUGACGAGAACGCCAAGGAAGCGGGUGCUUCUCUCAAGGAGUCCCUUGGAGAAGAGAAGCGUAACAAGAUUCUCUCUGCCCUGUAUGUCUGCCGAUGCGACACUGCUGGAGCUGUCCGGUCAGCCGCCAUUUCGGUCUGGAAGGUCCUUGUGCACAGCCCGAGAACUCUCAAGGAGCUUGUGCCUACUCUCACACAACUUCUCAUCAGGCGCCUGGGAAGCUCCAACAUGGAGCACAAGGUCAUUGCCAGCAACGCCCUUGGAGAGCUUAUCCGCAAAGCAGGAGAUGGUGUUCUGGCAAGUCUCCUUCCCACUUUGGAGGAAGGUCUUCAGACAUCGACCGACGUCGAUGCUAAGCAAGGUAUCUGCCUUGCUCUGAGAGAAUUGAUCUCAUCUGCUUCCCCUGAAGCGCUCGAAGAUCAUGAGAAGACACUCAUCUCCGUCGUUCGCACAGCACUUACGGACUCUGAUGAGGACGUCCGAGAGGCUGCUGCCGAAGCAUUCGACUCUCUCCAGCAGAUCUUUGGCAAGCGAGCUGUCGACCAAGUGCUUCCCUUCUUGCUUAACCUCCUUCGGUCGGAAGACGAGGCAGACAACGCUCUGUCGGCUCUCCUCACGCUGCUCACCGAGACAACACGAUCAAACAUCAUCUUGCCCAACCUUAUCCCCACGCUCACAACACCUCCCAUCUCAGCAUUCGAUGCCAAGGCCCUGGCCUCUCUAUCCAAGGUUGCUGGUCCUGCGAUGAACAGGCGCCUGCCUAACAUCAUCAAUUCGCUUAUGGACAAUGAGAUCAACUGCAAGGAGGAGGAUCUCCGUGAAGAGCUGGCGACUUCCUUCGACACGGUUAUCCAGUCCAUUGAUGAGUACGAUGGCCUUAACACGGUCAUGAACGUCCUUCUACAACUCCUCAAGCACGAGGAUCACCGUCGGAGAGCAGCUACAGCCCGCCAUCUGGGCAACUUCUUCUCCGCCGCCAGCGUGGAUUACUCCCGGUACAACCAGGACAUUAUUCGAUCACUACUCAACUCUUUCGAUGAUGCAGACCAGGAUGUCGUCAAGUCCUCUUGGGCAGCACUCAGCGGAUUUACCAAGAAGCUGCGCAAGGAGGAGAUGGAGUCGCUUGUCAUCUCCACUCGCCAAACCCUCCAGCGUGUUGGUGUCGCGGGGGCGAACCUGCGUGGUUUCGAGCUGCCCAAGGGCAUCAACGCUGUUCUUCCCAUCUUCUUGCAGGGCUUGAUGAACGGUACUGCAGAACAACGAGUCCAGGCUGCUCUGGGUAUCGCCGAUAUUGUCGACAGAACCAGCGAGGCCUCGCUAAAGCCGUUCGUGACCCAGAUUACUGGUCCUCUCAUCCGAGUGGUUUCAGAACGCGCCACCGAAGUCAAGUCGGCCAUUCUUCUCACUCUCAACAAUCUCCUCGAGAAGAUGCCAAUGGCACUCAAGCCUUUCUUGCCCCAACUUCAGCGUACAUUUGCCAAGUCUCUCGCUGAUACGUCGAGCGAGACACUGAGGACAAGGGCUGCCAAGGCAUUGGGUACCCUGAUCAAGUACACUCCCCGUAUCGAUCCUCUGAUUGCCGAACUUGUCACUGGAUCGAAGACUGCCGAUCCUGGUGUCAAGACUGCAAUGCUCAAGGCCUUGUACGAGGUCAUCAGCAAGGCCGGUGCCAACAUGGGAGAAGCGUCCCGAGCGGCUGUGUUGUCCCUGAUCGACAUGGACACAGACGAGAGAGACGAUACCAUGACUAUCACCAACGCCAAGCUGUUGGGUGCCCUCAUCAAGAACGUUCCUGAAGAAGCCGCCUCGGGUCUGCUCAAGAACCGUGUGGUUACCUCACACUUCAGCCCCUCGUCUGUGCUUGCUCUGAAUGCCGUCCUUGUUGAAUCCCCAGAAGCUCUGCUCCAAAACUCGUUGAUCGACGAACUGCCCGAACUCCUGUGCCAGGGCAUCGCAAACAAGAACGUUUUUGUGGCAGACAACUGCAUCCUAGCUACAGGCAAGUAUCUACUCUCAGAUGCGCCCAAGACCUAUGAGACUACCAAGGGAAUCUUUGAGGCCCUUGCGUCCAUCAUCCAGCCAGGCAAUGCGACCGACUCUCGUCGACUUGCGCUGGUGGUUGUUCGCACGGUGAGCCGCAACGAUAUGGAAAUGGUCCGACCCCACGUGGCCCUCCUGGCACAGCCCAUCUUUGCAAGUGUUAGAGACCCUGUUAUCCCCGUCAAGUUGGCGGCGGAGGCGGCAUUUGUGGAGCUGUUCAGCGUGGCAGACGAGGAGAGCCGCAUCUUUGACAAGUUCAUGGCUGGGUCCGGAGCGGAGCUGCCUGCCAACACCAAGAGGAGCAUGGGAGACUAUUUCAAGCGUGUUGCCAUGAGACUAGGCUCACAAGCUCGCGAGAGACGUGAGGCGGAAGGUGGACAGGGAGGACUUGGUCUAUCAAACGACGAGGCAGAGGACGAAAAGGAGAUUUGGAGUGUUGGAAAGGUCGAUGUGGGAAGCGAGACGUUCUCUCUUCAUCCAACAUCCAUCGAGGACCGGCCACCACUAACGACAAUCAAGAUGGUCAAUCUGCGAACUCAGAAGCGCCUGGCCUCGUCGGUCAUCGGCUGCGGUCAGCGCAAGAUCUGGCUCGACCCCAACGAGCAGAGCGAGAUUUCCAACGCCAACUCUCGCCAGACCAUCCGAAAGCUCAUCGCCGAUGGCCUCAUCAUCCGAAAGCCCGUCACCCAGCACUCGCGAUCGCGCGCCCGCGAGCUGAACCUCGCCCGACGAGAGGGCCGACACCGUGGCUACGGUAAGCGCAAGGGUACUGCCGAUGCCCGUAUGCCCAGCCAGGUCCUCUGGAUGCGCCGCCUCCGAGUCCUCCGCCGUCUUCUGGUCAAGUACCGUGCCAGCGGCAAGAUCGACAAGCACCUCUACCACGAGCUGUACCACAGCAGCAAGGGUAACACCUUCAAGCACAAGCGUGCCCUGGUUGAGCACAUCCACCGUGCCAAGGCCGAGAAGCAGCGUGAGAAGGCUCUCCAGGAGGAGAUGGAUGCCAAGCGUGCGAAGAACAAGGCUGCCCGCGAGCGCAAGCAGGAGCGUGCGGCGGCCAAGCGAAAUGCUCUCCUUGCCGAGGAGUAA